AUGGCCUGUCAUCGGAAAUUAACUAGUGCAGUGAUUAAACUUUGGGCACAAGACGUUGAGAACGGCAAUUUUACGCUCGAGGCGAUAAGUGACAACACCCAACAGCAAUCUCUACUUGGUCAGGAUGAUGAAAAAGAACCAAGUGGCUCAGCACUCCCUCAGACUCGCCUCCCUGCAGCAAACCCAAACAAGCGAAAUCAAUCAACUGCCGAACAUACGGACAAUCAACCUAUCAGUCAAGGACGUCGGAAACUCUUGAAAUUGGCGCAAGGUGGUAUGAACAAAGGCUCUCAUAAGAGUAAAAAGACCCGAAAUUCCGAUUCCAAUUCCGAUUCCGAUUCCAAUGAAACAAGUUCAACUGAAAAAGGAAGUUCCACUUCUGAAGAAGAACAGUCUCCAAGUGAAAAAGGAAGCUUGUCAGAUGACGAUGAAAGUUCUUCCGAUUAGUAGUCAAUACAUCGAUUCAGGCUUUCAUCAUUGUGAAAUCAAUGUUCUUUCUCUAUUUUCAUCAGUUGGGGUUUUCACAUAACAUAGUCAUUGCUUUGUAUGUCUCAUGUAGUUACAAUGCUUAUUGUUGCGGGUCUUUGUCCAGCUGAUGCCUCAGAUGGUCAAAGAUAGAUUGAUCUAUUUCAAAUGUUCCUUGACCAAAUGCGAUCUUUAUGUCAUUGUUCGUUGUUAGACCUUUUUUUAAGAAACUUUUUGAAUUUCUAGUGCAUCUCUCUGCUUUGUUGUGGUGCCUGUGUUUUUGUGAAAUCAAAAUGAAUUGGCUUAUCUAGUUUUGACC